AUGUCUUCAGACUUUGAGGCUUACGAGCAGGACUUUGGGACUAUUACAGCAGACGUAACCAACAAGAUCGGCAGAAUUCCCAAGUUAAGUGGAGAGGAGAAGACACAGCUGGUUCUAAAUGUCGACAAACAGCUUGAAGAAGUCAGAGAGUUGCUGGAGCAGAUGGACCUGGAGGUGCGUGAGAUCCCCAUCCAGAGCCGAGCCAUGUACAACAGCAGACUGAAGAGCUACAAGCAGGAGAUGGAGAAGCUCGAGAAAGACUUUACAGGGCCCGAGUCGACCUCGCUUCAUCGUGAUAAUAGAGGGGACCGUGGGGGUCUGAGGGCGCUGGGCCACGACAAACAGGCGUUGCAGCAGGCAGAGGGAAUGCCAUCCCGACCAAACGGGGAGGAAAGAAAACAAGUGGGACAGGAGAUUCUUGCCAACCUGCACACCGAUCGUGAGAAGAUACAGAGAGCCAGAGAGAGGAGAGUCGCCCCCCACCAUCCCAAGCCUCAGUGCUGCCCCUCCUCGCAUGCAGCCAGCCAAACAGACAGAGGGCCCAAACCCCAGGUCCCCCACCUCCUACCCUGUACCACAUGUAUCCUUGGCUCUGGCAACCUGCAUCGCACCAGCCUGGGCUGCCAGAGGCUGAGAGAAACAGACGCCAACCUGGGCAAGAGUUCCCGCAUCCUUACCGGCAUGCUGAGAAGGUAA